CAAAAAUAUAUACAGAGAGAUAUCAGAGGCAGUCUUCUUCCUUAUCAUUUCCAAAGAUGAUGAUGAACGCUUCUCAUCAUCAGCUCCAUAGACUGAACCCUACUCAAUCCUCCUCCUCCUCCCUCUUACACAAACCCUUCAUCCUCAGCCAUGGAAGAAGUAUCAGCAGCCCUGCAUAUCUCCUCACCAGGAGAACCCUGAAUUUCCAUGGAAAGAAAAAGUGCUUCUGCAUAAGAGCUUCUGCCACUGAUGUAAGAGGAGUGGAGGUGUCGAAGGAGAAUGCGGCAUCGGUUAAGGCUGUCGUUAGGGCGACUGCUGCAGGGUUGCUGUCCGAUCUAGGGAUUACGAAGCCUCUUGAUGUGUAUGCGGAUUUGGUUGGGAAAACGCUGCUUUUGGAGCUUGUUAGCGCAGAGGUCGACUCGGGGACAGGCUUGGAGAAGGGAACAAUCAAGGGGUAUGCCCGCAAAGUGAGGCAUGAAAAGGAGGAGGUGAUAUAUGAGAGUGAAUUCAUAGUUCCUGCAGGUUUUGGAGAGGUUGGUGCAAUUUUGGUAGAGAAUGAACACCACAAGGAGAUGUUCCUCAACAACAUAGUGCUUGAUGGAUUACACAAUGGCCCCAUUCAUAUCAAUUGCAGCUCAUGGGUUCAUUCCAAGUUUGAUAACCCUAAGAAGAGAAUCUUCUUCACCAACAAGUCUUACUUGCCGGACGAUACACCAAGCGGGUUGAAGAAGCUAAGGAAGAUAGAGUUGGAGAAUCUGCGCGGAAAUGGAAAGGGAGAACGCAAGACGUCUGAUAGGAUCUAUGAUUACGAUACUUACAAUGACCUUGGGGAUCCUGAUGAUAGUGAGGAUCUUGCCCGCCCUAUUCUUGGCAGCAAGGAUCAUCCUUACCCUAGGAGAUGCAGAACCGGGCGUCCUAGUUCCAAGAAAGACCCGUUGUCGGAGACCAGAAGCAGCAGUGUGUAUGUGCCGAGGGAUGAAGCAUUUGAAGAAGUGAAGCAGUUGACAUUCUCGACAAAGACGCUGAAAUCAGUGCUGCACGCGCUGCUGCCUCAGGUGGAGAUCAUGCUGCUGGAUCCACACCUUGGAUUUCCGUACUUCACUGCCAUAGACUCACUGUUUCAAGAAGGAGUCCCCUUGCCCAAGAGCAAGAACUUCUUUCAGUCAAUCAUCCCAAGACUGGUGAAGACUAUAGCUGAAAGAGAAGGAGAUAUUUUGCUCUUUGAAACCCCUGCAAUGAUCGACAGAGAUAAAUUUGCUUGGUUCAGGGAUGAGGAGUUUUCUCGGCAGGCUCUUGCUGGUCUCAACCCGUAUAGCCUUCAGUUGGUUACAGAGUGGCCCUUGAAGAGUGAACUGGAUCCUGAGAUCUAUGGUCCUCCUGAAUCAUUGAUCACAGCAGAACUGAUCGAGAAAGAGAUCAAAGGGGUCAUGACUAUUGAUGAGGCCUUGAAACAGAAGAAGAUGUUCAUAUUGGAUUAUCAUGACCUUCUCUUACCUUACGUGGACAAAGUGAGGGAGAUUGAAGGCACGACAUUGUAUGGAUCUCGAACUCUGUUCUUCCUAACCAUGGAGGGCACAUUGAGGCCUCUUGCAAUCGAGCUAACUAGGCCGCCAGUUGGUGACAAGCCGCAGUGGAAGCAAGUGUUCACACCAGGCUGGGAUGCCACGAGUUGCUGGCUAUGGAGGCUGGCCAAAACUCAUGUUUGUGCUCAUGACUCUGGUUAUCACCAGCUUGUUGUUCACUGGCUAAGGACUCACUGUUGUACUGAGCCAUACAUCAUUGCAGCUAACCGGCAACUAAGCGCUAUGCACCCAAUCUAUAGACUCCUGCAUCCUCAUUUCAGGUACACAAUGGAGAUCAAUGCUCUUGCUCGGGAAAGCCUCAUAAACGCAGGUGGAAUCAUUGAGAGCUGCUUCUCACCGGGCAAGUAUGCCAUUGAGCUCAGUUCUGCUGCCUAUGACCAGCUCUGGAGAUUUGACAUGGAAGCUUUGCCUGCUGACCUGAUCCGAAGGGGGAUGGCAGUUGAGGAUCCAACAGCUGAGCAUGGGCUGAAGCUCACCAUUGAGGAUUACCCUUUUGCCAACGACGGUCUAGUCCUUUGGGAUGCCAUCAAGCAGUGGGUUAGGGACUAUGUGAACCACUACUACCCAGACCCAAGCCUGGUUGAGUCUGAUAAGGAGCUCCAAGCUUGGUGGACAGAAGUUCGAACCAAAGGGCAUGCAGACAAGAAGGAUGAGCCAUGGUGGCCUGUCAUGAAAACCCCAGAAGAUCUAAUCGAUGUUUUAACAACCAUAAUCUGGGUUACAGCAGGGCACCAUGCAGCUGUGAACUUCGGUCAAUAUGUAUAUGCCGGGUACUUUCCUAAUCGACCCACAAUAGCUCGAACCAACAUGCCAACUGAGGACCCAUCAGAUGAGGAGUUCAAGAACUUUCUGCAUAAGCCAGAAAUUGCCUUGUUAAAGUGCUUCCCUUCACAGAUUCAAGCAACAAAAAUAAUGGCAGUUUUGGAUGUUCUGUCAAGUCAUUCACCAGAUGAGGAGUACCUCGGUGACCAGAUGGAGCCAUCCUGGACAGAAAACCCAAUCAUAAAGGCUGCAUUCGAACGGUUCAAUGGCAGAUUGAAGGAGCUUGAGGGGAUCAUUGAUGGGAGGAACACCAAUUUGAACCUGAAGAACAGAACUGGAGCCGGGGUUGUUCCAUAUGAACUCUUGAAGCCAUUCUCAAAACCAGGGGUCACAGGAAUGGGAGUUCCUAAUAGCAUCUCUAUCUAAAUUAUGAUGCUACACUGCAUUGUAAAAUAGCUAAUAUAAAUAAGCAUAUCUAGAUUCCAUGUCUCGAGAACUUCCAACAUUCUUAACAUGUUUUUGGCCUCGAUGGAAGGUAGUUUCUCGAAUCUUAUGAAAUCUAAAUUAUUUACUUA